GGAAGAAAUUGGUCAGGGAUCCUUCGUUCCCUCACGGAAGAUGGCCGCCAGAUCCCUUCUCUUCCUCCUCUCCCUCCUCUUCUUCUCUCUCCCACAUCCCUCCCGUUCCCUAAACCCUAACCCUAACCCUAACCUUAAGCUUAACCCUAAUCCUAGCUCCGCCUAUGACGAGCUCAAGAGCAGCGGCUUCCCCGUCGGGCUCCUCCCCACCAACGUCUGUGGCUACUCCCUCAACCGCACCUCUGGCAUCUUCGCCGUCGAUCUCGACGACCACUGCCGUAUCACGCUUCCCCCGGACAACUACCUCGCUGCCUACUCUUCCAGGAUCACUGGCAAGCUCAACAACCGCCGGAUCUCCGAGGUCAACGGGAUCCGGGUCCGAGCCUUCUUUCGGUGGUGGUCCAUCACCGGCAUCCGGUCCUCCGGCGACGAUCUCGUGUUCGAGGUCGGCGUCACCUCCGCCAAGUAUCCUUCCCGGAAUUUUGGCGAGAGCCCCGACUGCGAGGGCCGGAGUCCAAGAAAGGCGUCAUCUUGAGGAGCUCCUAUGCUUUACACCUCAGAUAUGUAUUUUAUGAUGAUAACUCCAUGUGGUUGAUACAUUCUAUGCAUUAUAAGCCCUUGAUGGGCAAUGUCCAUGUUUCCAUUACGUGCUUGGAAAACAUAUUCAUUCCAUCUUACGUCUUGACAUGGAAUCCAAACUAACUGGGCUGAAAGUUGCUGGUCGACUUUGAUGAUCGAUAACAGCAGGCUCUGGUUGCUAAUCUUUCUGUUAUUAUC